CGUGCCGUGACGUAGCGCUUUCUUCUCUGCUUGGUUCGCAGCACCGGACUGAGGUCUGUGGGGCUGCAGAGCUCUGAGUCUGGCAGUCAGCGCUGUGGAUCUCGGCGAGAUUUCGCGCUGCUCACCCUCGGCCAUUCACUGAUAAUCAGACCGGGUCGCCUUCCUAAGAUUCGGGAGGAACAAAGGAAUCAGGAAAAAGACGGUCGGCCCCCUGCCGCCUUGCUCCGAUUGGCUUCCUGUUCCGCUCGCUCUUGUCCGGAGGAGCUGGGUUUAUAAUCGUCACUGGAUUGUAAGUAUCCGAGGCGAAGAGAGCUCACUGCGCCCCGCUUUUUGACUGCCUUUGUUCCGGGAAAAUUUGUGGAUUGGGAGUGUCUGCUGGUGCCUUAACUUUCUGUGCUGCAAAGCAGUCUGCAGAAGCCGCCAUUUGCUUUCCUGCUCGCCAGCUCUCUGCGUUGCUCGGCAGCGGCAUCUAGAGGUUGGAACUUGGCAUUACAGCUAAUGUAUUUAAGUGGACCUAAGUGAAUAAGCAAGCCAGUGUCAGUAACAACUGCUGUUCAGUCCCAGUAUAUUUAAAAAGACUUGGUGCUUAAUUCAAAAUUAAGAAAAUGGACGCUUAGCUGCUGUAAUACUUAAAUAUUUUAAUUCAUAACAAACUUGGCUUUCUAACUGUUGCAAUAGCUGGAACUUUUUAGUGCAACAAGUGGUUAUUAGAGAAGUGUCACAAAAAUGAGUAAGAGCAAAGAUGAUGCUCCUCAUGAACUAGAGAGCCAGUUUAUCUUACGUUUACCUCCAGAAUAUGCCUCAACUGUGAGGCGGGCAGUACAGUCUGGCCAUGUCAACCUGAAGGACAGACUGACAAUAGAGUUACACCCAGAUGGACGUCAUGGAAUUGUCAGAGUGGAUCGUGUCCCACUGGCCUCAAAAUUGGUAGAUCUACCAUGUAUUAUGGAAAGUUUGAAAACCAUUGAUAAAAAAACCUUUUACAAGACAGCUGAUAUCUGUCAGAUGCUCGUAUCCACAAUUGAUGGUGAUCUCUAUCCUCCAGUGGAGGAACCAAUUGCUGCUGCUGCAGCUGCUGCAGCAGCUGCUGCUGAUCCCAAAGCAAGCAAAAAGAAGGAUAAGGACAAAGAAAAAAAGUUUAUAUGGAACCAUGGAAUCACUCUGCCUCUAAAAAAUGUCAGGAAGAGAAGGUUCCGGAAGACAGCAAAGAAGAAAUAUAUUGAAUCUCCAGAUGUGGAAAAAGAAGUGAAGCGUUUGCUGAGUACAGAUGCUGAAGCUGUCAGCACUCGUUGGGAAAUAAUUGCUGAGGAUGAAACAAAAGAAACAGAAAAUCAAGGCCUUGAUAUCUCUUCUCCAGGAAUGUCAGGCCACAGGCAGGGCCAUGACUCCUUAGAACAUGAUGAGCUUCGGGAGAUAUUCAAUGACCUCAGCAGCAGCAGUGAAGAUGAAGAUGAGACACAGCAUCAAGAUGAGGAAGAUAUAAACAUAAUUGACACUGAGGAAGACCUGGAAAGACAGCUACAGGACAAGCUAAAUACAUCAGAUGAACAGCACCAAGAAAAUGAGGGAACCAAUCAGCUGGUUAUGGGAAUUCAGAAACAGAUUGAUAACAUGAAAGGCAAGCUCCAAGAGACCCAGGAUAGGGCAAAACGACAGGAAGAUCUCAUCAUGAAAGUGGAAAACCUGGCUCUCAAGAACAGAUUUCAGGCUGUGCUGGAUGAACUCAAACAAAAGGAAGACCGAGAAAAGGAACAGCUCAGCUCUUUGCAAGAAGAGCUAGACUCACUUCUAGAAAAGUAAGAAGAGUUUUGAUACUUUAUUCUAUGGAGUAGUAAGCAUUAGAAGAAAAAUGUUGGCUUCAUCACCUGGACUGGCUGUAACUGCAGCAAUUCCUUUGCUGCCUUCUUUGAAUUUGUCUUACAGACUAUUAUAAAUGUGAAUUUCUAUUUCAUUUGUCUCUUAUUCUGUAGGAAGUAGGAAUAUAUGCAUAAAUGUAGGAAAGUUGUAAGAUUGGUGGAAUAAACAGUUCAACCUUAGUAAUCACAACUUCACUGCAGGACUUGACUGAUGUGUCUCCAUUUGCCAGAAGCUACUAUUGCUAGUCUGUGAUGCCAUCUGAGAUCAAUAAGAAGAGUAAUCUAGAGGCAGUGAAGCUAGUUUGCAUAUGUUUUAUUAUGCAGUGGUUAUUUUUCUAUAUGUAGAAUUACAAAUCAUUUUAUAAAGUUAUUUUAACACAAUAAAUAAAAACUAGUUUUCACCUCAGAAUGUGUCUUGCUCUUUUAGGGGUAGUGGGUGUCAGAUCCUCUUGUGAGGUGGUUUGUUGGUGAGGUGGUUUGGGCAUUUUGAUCCUGUUUUGUAGGGAAAGAAGCAGUUAUGUUGGGUUUUAAGAAAAAGAUAAACACAGU